AUGUCCAGUCAACCACCCAAGAAAGGGGGACUCUCGCUGUACGCAAAUCUUCUAGAUCCAGCUUCUGAGAGUUCUGCUGCCUCGGGAACAAUAUCCAAAGCUCCAGUUCUCUUCACGCAGAGCUCCGAGCCAGCCACAGACACAGACGACACUGCUACAGAUAAGCAGCAAAAGAGUGCCGCAUCUUUACGAUUUCAACCCAUAAAGAGACCACAGCUUCCGAAUCAGAAGCCCAGAGCGAAACCUAUCCCAAAACCACCGUCGACAGCCCAUGCGCUUGGAAAUGCGAGCUCGGCCGGCGCUUCAUCUACGCGCUCGCAGGUCAAGUCGACGCUCGCCGAUUGGGCCUCGACAGCCGAUGAUGACGAUGUGAAUGGCUUCUAUGGACGGGAAAAACGACAACGUGGUGGUCGCAAGAAGCGGAAGAAGAAUCGAGAAGGGCCUGAAACGAUCACUAACUGGGAUGACAUCUAUGACCCGUCGAGACCGAACAAUUAUGAGGAAUACAAGAGGAGCGACGAGAAAAUACGCGAAGUGAGAGAAUGGAAGGACCGGUUGUAUGCGCAUCGUAUGGCCAGACGGCGCAGCAGUGACUUUGAUAGUGACAACGAAUCUCCACCGCCACGGAACCGACAAUUUGCUCCCCCUUCUUAUAACUUCGUACCGCCACCUAAUCUCAACGAUGCCUCGAAGCCCUUAUCCCACGGAAGUGAUGAAGACGCAUACGCACAGCGUCUGCAGAAGACCACAGAGGACAAUGAAGCUGAGAUGGAAGAUGUAGAAUACCAGCCUCCACCUCCGCCAGCUGUGAUACCGAAUGAAGCUACGGGAGACGACGCAUAUGCACGUAGGCUCCAGAUGAGCCAGCAACAACCGCCUCCUCCACCCCACGAACAACCCCAGGUCCCUGUGAAACCAUCACUGUCAGCUUUCCAACCUGCUUCAGCUACGAUAUCGCGCGCACCAGUCCGGUAUACAUUACCCCCUGCACCAGAAGAUAUACCGGCGACUGAAGAGGAGCUCGAAGCUGUUAUGGCCAAAGAAGAGCCAGUCCAGGAUGAUGGGGAAGAUGCUCCUCGGUCCCUACGACCUGGACAAAAGGGCUUUGCCGAACGUCUCAUGGCGAAAUAUGGCUGGACCAAGGGAUCUGGUCUGGGUGCUUCCGGUACCGGAAUUGUUAACCCGUUACAAGUCAAGGUAGAGAAGCAGAAGAAAAAGCCGGAUUCUGAGGGUGGCGGGUUUGCUACGCCUGCAGGUCGCGGAAAGAUCAUUGCUAGCAAGAAGAAGAACGAGGAGGAAGGAAAAUUUGGUCCCAUGAGCGAAGUCAUUGUGCUGUAUGGAAUGCUUGACGGUAUGGAUUUGGCGACUGAAUUGGACAACAGCCAAAAUGGUGGACUUAUGCAAGAGAUUGGGGAGGAAUGCAAUGAAAAGUAUGGCCGUGUCGAGAGAGUCUUUAUCCAUCGACAAAGCAAUGAUCGCAUCCCAGUGUUUGUCAAGUUUACUGCUCAGUUAUCAGCCUUACGAGCUGUUAAUGCGCUGGAGGGACGAAUGUUUAAUGGGAACAAGAUCACUGCCAGAUUCUACGACACUGAGAAGUUUGAGAAUGGUAUAUAUCAAUGA